AUGUUGGAUAUUGAUCUACCCGCCCCUGGCGAGGAUCCAUUUGUUGAUUCCGCACCUCCAUUUGAGAUAUUUGAGGCCGGGACAGGGCACGGUGGAUUGACAUUGCAUCUCGCCCGUGCCAUCCAUGGCGCUAACCCCCCAGUUCCCCCGGCACUGCGAACAGCUCUUCUCCAUGCCGAGUACGUGCCAAAGCGUGCUCGAUUUGCGACUCGAGACCCCGGCGAAGGACUCCCGACGACUUCAACUCCGGAGCGGCCGGACCAUAAUUCAUUAAUCCUUCCUAGUGAGGACACCGUCUCGGCAUAUCAGGCAUACCUGCCAGCGCGUCGAGCUAUUAUCCAGUCUCUCGACAUCAACUCAGAUCACAGCCGCCGCGCACACAGAAACAUUCGUGGCUUUCGCCGGGGUCUGUACGCGUUGGAUACGUCCUUGCAUGUCGGAACGAUCUCGGAGUAUAUUGCCUCGCGCUUUCUCGCCCAAGGCGAUGAGCCAUUCCUUGCCCAUGCAAUUCUGGACCUGCCUGAUCCAUUCGCGGACCAAACAAGUGUCGAGCUUGUAACUGCUGCUUUGCGACCGGAUGGCUUACUACUCCUUUUCUGUCCUUCCAUCACUCAAAUUGCCGAAUUCAUCCAGGAGGCCACCCGCCGCGGGCUGCCGUUUGUCACGAGUCGAGUGGUCGAGCUGCCGACGAACACUAUGGACUCGGAGCCGAAAGAGGGCCCGUCAAACUCGGGCGGCCGGGAUUGGAGCAUUGAGCAUACGAUAGUCUCGGAAGGUCCAUCUCGCAAGGUCCUGACGAGAUGUCGCCCUAAAGUCGGCACUUUGAAGAUCGUAGGUGGUGGUUUCGUCGGCGUCCUUCAACGUGUGAAGUCGAAGGACGCCCAGGCCGACAGGACAGCAGACAUCCUGCACAAGCUUCGGGAGAAGGCUCAAACUGAUGGCAUGGAAUCGGCUCUUCAAGACAUGAACGAGAGGCUCUCGAAAGUAGGAGAAAUCGAAACGGCCAACUAG